AUGCGUUUUCAACUCGCCCACAUCUUCUGCUUGCUCGGAGCUGCUGAGUCUCUCGCUAUCGGUGCCCCCGAGAAAGACUACGCCCUACUCGACUCCAGGGACGUCUCCGCCCCACUCGACCGCCGCACCGACAUUGAAGUCGCCGCCGGUUUCGUCAGCAACGGCGGAACCGCCACCCUAGCCAUCGUCUCCAUUGCCAACUACCUCGCCGUCUACAUCAAAGGCCAAUCCGAUGUCAACAGCUGCUCCGUGAUCUCUGGCAACGUCGACGGCGCUGUGUGGCAGUACUACGCGACUACCUCGGGCCCGAAGUGCGACACAACUUCGGAGACGAAGACGAUUAGGAAUGCGGUUGAGCGCGAACUCAAGUGGAUGCAGGCAAAUGGGUAUGAUGCUGCUUGCUUUAAGAUGGACCAUGGGGGUACUUGGGAGGGACAUCUCAAGAUUGCAUUGAAUGGGAAGCCGAUUGCGAGUGACACGCAGUGCAAUGCUGCGAAGUUUGUUAAUUUGUAG